UUGAUAAAUUGAUCCGACGCUCCCCUGCAAAAGCGGAACCACCAUCCCCACCACCUCCUCCAUCCCUUUCCAUUUCCCUCCACCGAGAGCAGAGCACGCAGCAUCCACUCUCCGUCUCCCCCUAGCUCCAGUGUCCACCACCUUGGUGCUCCUCGACGCGCGGGGCACCGUCCAACAAUGGGCUCAGCCUCAGGUGAUGAUGACCUCGGGGAGCACCUGCUGCUGGACGUGGACGACCCCGCCAACGGCGGCGCGGCUGGCGCAGCCGGCCAUCUGAUGCUGCUGCCUACUGUCCAUGCAGAAGGAUCGUAGAUGAACUUCUUGUUUCCACUUUCUGAAUACAUCAAUCAAAUAUGAAAGGAAAACAGUAUUUCGUUUCCCUGGCAUUCCAUGAGCAAACGGCAUGUGGGAGAGGAAAAAAAAAAGGGGUACUAAAUGGAGUUUCUGUGACGACGACCACGACGGGCAGCUUCUGAAGAAAGGAACAUAUUUGCCAGUAAUCACAUAUAUGUGCAUCAAAUGCAAUGAUAGGGAGCAGGCAAAGCUGCAAAAGUAAGCACAUUCAGAAAAAAAAAAGAAUGUGAAAGGAAGCAUCGCACUGGAGCAAAGAAUAAAGAUGAAACUGAGCAGGGCAUCGUAAUCAUCCAUAAGGAAACAUAUAUUAUUCCGAGCGGCCGGGCAGCAGGCAGCCAGAUCGAUCUUGCAUGCGCCAGCCAGCUAGAUCUCCACCUUACACGCUUGUUCGUUCGUUCUAACCUUGACAUUUGGAAAUAAGCUGGCCCAUGGCUGGAGGGAAUUCCACCAUAAGCUGCUCGCAUUUGGUGUCCUCAUUCCACAAGAGCAUGCAAGGGAAGAUAUGGCUUGUGAACGCACUGCAGCUCGCCGGUGCCAUUCUGGCUGGACUCAUAGUUGGGAUAGGCAUCUAUGGCCAGCGUUAUCGCCACCAUCGACUCACCAGGUUUAUCUUUCUUGGAACCAACACCCUGUUCUUGGCUAUCAUCUCCACAGUUGUCCCCAUGGGCGCAGGUGAGAAUGCCUACGCCACAGAGCCGUAUGACUUGGACAAUGGGGAGUACUUCUCCAGUCAGUUGAUUUUUGCAAAGUGCCAGCCAAGUGUACACUCGCUGCUGGUUGUAGUAUGGGCACCCCUUGUUCAGAUCAUCAUGAUCAAUACCAGCGCAGUAGUUGCUGUCGAUGGUAGAGAAGGUGGGAGCAUGGGUCCUCCAUUUGAGCUGUUUGUUAAGGGAGUCUGGACCUUUUACCUUGGUAUCAGCUAUAUCAUUCUCUUGACCAACCGCUACAGAUUGCACCCCGAGUACAUGAUUGCUAGAAUUUCCCUUGAAGUGGUGACUUUUGCUCUCAUAUUUACUAAAAUGGUACUAAAAUAUUAUGCAUUUGAAAAGGCACGACAAUCCUUUGCUCUCGGACGCAAUCCCCAUCUUAUUUCUGGGUACAUGAAGCAACAAUCGUCGCAACAAACAAGUCACCAUGGUGAACUUGUGGUAGUUGAGGAUGCACCUCCUCCACUACUGGUUAUGGGAGAAGAGAAAAGACACGUGGAGAAGCAGCCCCUUGGGUAUGUUUUCAAGGAUGACUCAUGGACAAGUUUGCAUAACAAUGGCCUGGUGACUAUUGAUAGAGUUUGGAGGUUGGAUAACAUGCUUCCAACAUCAACACUAAAGCCACAAAAAGACUUAUGCUUCUCAUUUGCAUUGUUCAAGUUGUUGCGGUGCCGAUUUGCAAGGUACAAGGUCAGAAAUAAUGCUGGCUCCAAGGACGCCUUCAGUUUUUUCUGGAGCUUAUUGCUGAAGGACGGCGAACGUGACAGAGUCUUUUUGGUUAUUUCGGAUGAGCUUUGGUUCCUUCAUGAUUAUUAUUAUUCAUCCCUACCGAUCUACUAUUCAAAUUAUUGGUUGCCCAUUCUGGGUAUCUUUAUCUCACUAUUGAGCCUGUACAAAGAUAUUAAGAAGGACGCUGAGCGUGUCCUUGCCGGCUACACAGCAGGAGGGUCAUUGACGCUAGAAGCCAGAUGCCAACGGUUGAUCAAAACGCUGGCUGCAAAUGCAAAGCAUGAGGUGCUUAAGGAAGGCGCAAGGCUGGGGGAGCAAUUGGUGGAGCUGAUGGUCGUCAAAGGGGAGGAUGUGGCGGUGUGGAAGUUGAUGGCUGAAUUCUGGUCGGAGAUGAUCCUAUACGUCGCGCCGUCCGACAACCUCAAUGGCCACAAGGAGGCCAUUGCCAGGGGCGGUGAGCUGAUAAGGCUGCUCUGGGUGUUGCUCUUCCAUGCCGGGAUCGUCAGCAAGCCGGGUGAAGAAGACGGCGCUGCUGCUACUUCUGCUGGUGCCGUUUAA